GUGACCACCAUUUCCUUCGCGCGCGCGGUCGCGGUGUUCCGUCUUUGUUCAUCGAUACUUAGUAUGUCUGCAGCAGUUCAGUUCGUGAGGCAGGGAAAAAAGAUUGUUGCCAUUGGCAGAAACUACUCUGAGCACAUCAAAGAGCUCAACAACGCCAGGACGAAAGAGCCUUUCUUCUUUCUCAAGCCCACAACAAGUUACCUCCCUACCGGGGGACAGGUUGAAAUCCCAAGCGGUGUUGUGGCACAUCAUGAAGUUGAGCUUGGUCUUGUAAUUGGGAAAGGCGGUCGAGAUAUUUCCCAGGAUGCAGCUGAGUCGCACAUUGCAGGCUACGCUUUGGCUGUUGACAUGACCGCACGAAACAUGCAAGACGACGUGAAGAAAAAGGGUCUGCCUUGGUCUGCUGUGAAGGGCUUCGAUACAUUCACUCCUAUCGGGUCUUUCAUCCCCAAGUCUUCCAUCUCGGAUGCUCAUGACCUCACACUCUCCUUAAAGAUUAAUGGUGCGAUCAAGCAGAAUGGUACGACCGGGGAUAUGAUUUUCCGUAUCCCGCGACUUAUUGAACACAUCUCUUCAAUCAUGACGUUGGAGGAGGGUGAUCUCAUCCUGACCGGAACUCCUUCCGGUGUUGGUCCUGUCAAUCCAGGUGACAGUGUCGAAUGCACCCUUGCUGACCCAGCUGGGAAAGUUCUCGACGAGCUGAAAUUCACAGCAGAAUCAAGGGUUGGAGGUUAUCAAUUCAAGAUAUAACAAUAUGUUAACAUACCCACACGAGACAAGGAAUAGAAGGAAUAUGUGCUGUGAUAUGUACACAUGAACAGUAGAGCAUCGUCUAGGAUAAUGCGUACACCACGCUAUCAACACACCGCUUUUAACUCCAAUCCUUAUUUUUAUCCGACUCCUCCAGUCGUCCGUUCAAAUCAUUCAACGAUAUUGGAUGCAUUCCAUUCGAGCCUUUGGCAGGGUUUCCGAACUCAUCCCCUUCUGAUUCUGAACCACUUGCCAAAGUCCAGCUCCCAGCGGUCGGGGUUAGCUCACCAUCGUGAAUGCUGUCAUCUGAGCUCUGGAAAUCUCCAAAAUCAAAGGAGUCAUCAGACGAGAAAGACG